UUGCGUAAAUGGCGGACGGAUGAGCAGUGUCUAACUUUUGUGUGUAGUAAAAAGACAACGAUACAAGUCAAUUUACGAGCACAAAUGAUCGAUUAUGACAGUAAUGUAGUAGGUGUCUGCAAAACUAUUGGCAUGUAAGCUGACUUAGAACAACCUGUAACAGUGCCAUUCUCUGCAGUAUUUUCUUAUUUACAAUUUGGUGCUGAGAAACUGUAUAUUCCAAAUGCCGGCAGACAGCAGCGACAUGUCUUCAAAAAGUGAGCUGCGUAAGCUGAGUGAGGAAAGUCUAGCCAGACAGCCUGAUGAAGUAUUUGACAUCAUUAGCAAAUUAGGAAGAGGGUCAUAUGGCAGCGUGUACAAGGCCCUGCACAAGGAAUCUGGUCAGGUCGUUGCCAUUAAGCAGGUACCUGUUGACACUGACCUUCAGGAAAUCAUCAAGGAGAUCUCUAUAAUGCAGCAGUGCGACAGCCCUUAUGUAGUAAAGUACUAUGGAAGCUACUUCAAGAACACAGACCUAUGGAUUGUGAUGGAGUUUUGCGGUGCUGGGUCUGUUUCGGAUAUCAUGAGGCUCAGGAAAAAAACUUUGUCCGAAGAACAGAUUGCAACUAUACUGUCAGACACAUUGAAGGGCCUAGAGUACUUGCAUCUACGACGGAAAAUACACAGGGACAUCAAAGCUGGCAAUAUCUUGCUAAAUAAUGAAGGACAUGCCAAGCUAGCAGACUUUGGCGUAGCUGGACAGCUAACCGACACAAUGGCUAAAAGGAAUACAGUGAUAGGCACACCAUUCUGGAUGGCUCCCGAGGUUAUACAGGAAAUAGGUUAUGACUGUGUGGCUGACAUUUGGUCUCUAGGUAUCACAGCUCUUGAGAUGGCAGAAGGCAAGCCACCAUACGGUGAUAUACAUCCGAUGAGAGCAAUAUUCAUGAUUCCAACGAAACCACCUCCAUCAUUCAGGAACCCCGACAAGUGGUCACCAGAAUUCAUUGAUUUUGUAUCGAGGUGUUUAGUAAAGAACCCAGAAGACAGAGCUACGGCCACAGAACUCCUACAGCACGAGUUUAUCCGAAAUGCGAAGCAGGUGGCGCUGCUGCAGGAGAUUCUUCAGGAAGCCAGGCAGAUACAGGAGAGUGAGGCACUAGCCAACCAAAAUCCAAACGACGACUCGGACGAUGAUGGCGAACAGGAUGAUGAUAGUGGCACGAUGGUGAAAGUUGCGACACCCACAGGUUCAGGAAAUGCUACAGCAGGAUCCGAUGAUACUGAUGCACAUAAUGACCUGUCAUCUGACGAUGCAGGAACGAUGGUAUCUCACAGUACUUCGAGUACAGCUGGCACGUUUAUAGUUGCAACUAGCGACUCUGAGUCAGGUUCCAUGCUCGAGUCUGACCUUGGAACGAUGGUGAUCAACAGUGAUGAUGACGAUGACAACGAAGGAGGAACAAUGAAACAUGAUGCGAAUGGCGACAGCCAGUUAAAGGAAAAGUACCGACCGUCAUUUCUUGAUCACUUUGAGAAGAAAGAGGUCACCGAUCAAAAGCCACAGGCGGGUGAAGUGCCGGCAGCUCUGCGGAAGGCGUCAGCACCUGUGCAGCAGCAGGAGCAAUUUGGCUUUCAUAGGUCCUUCACAGACGGAGACUUUGAAUUUCUGAAGUGUCUCACGUACGAGGAGCUGCAGGCGCGCAUGGCCGCGCUCGAUCCGGAGAUGGAGCGCGAGCUCGAGGAGCUGCGUCGCCGCUACCAGGCGAAGCGGCAGCCAAUCCUUGACGCGAUCGACGCCAAGAAGAAACGGCAGCAGAACUUCUAGUCGGAACGACGGAUGUCUGACUCGGCCGCAGCGUUGGCUCCAAGAGCUCCCGCGACGACACGCCAAACUGCCAGCGCAGCCUGCGAGAGGGUCGGCCCGAGGGUGCGGCUGUUGUAGGUUACGCCUCGAGGUGGAUACGAGACCAUGAUAGAGAGAGGGAGUAACUAGUAAUGGCUGACUGUCGAUGCUGGUCGGAUACUAGGAGAAUGGUAUUAAUAAGGGUUAGCUCGCGGUGCAGACGCUAGUUUACAAUAGAGACACAGACUAGAACCGGUUAGCGCUUGAACCAGGUGUACCGGCGUUCAGAGGCAUGAAUCUGGGCCGUUGUUCACGAAGUCUUUUGGCACUAGCGACAAGUUGGGAUGGACAUGAGAUUUGUGAUCCUCAUGGUGUUACGUGUGUGACGAAUUGCAGCUGGCUGUGAGAGACUGUGAGUCCUGUGUAAAGUUACAGCGAGGUCAUCAUAUUUUAGGUGGGAUCUGGUGUCGAUCACCAAUCGUAGGCCCUGUGCUAGGGAUGGAGAGAUAAGGUGCUCGAUUUUCACUGUGCAAUGCACGAGCACUAAUUUGGUCCCAGCAACUCGAUGCUGUUAGGUGAAGAUUGAAAAAGGGGUGGUAUUAGAUUAUUGUUGAAUGGAUCUGAAUUACUGCUGGCCUUUGUCUUCAUGAUAUUAUCUCUUGUACAGAGCCAUCUAGUGGCAGAGUUUCUUGUUCAAAUAAACUAUCGAAGACAAAGAUUUUCAUAAUUAGAGGCAACUACCAAAUGAUUUGUGUGCUUAUGUGUGAUGUAGCCACCAAGUCCUUGGCGGUAGCAAGGUUUUUGCUAUACGUUAUAUUUAUAUUCUGGAUAAACCCUGUUGGUAAUCACUGUUUUUAUAGAAAAGAUAUGAAAGGUGACUUUUGCUUGCAUUUGAUUUUUAUGUAAUACCUCCAAUUUUAGUUUAUACUGCUUUGACCCACACCUAGCUAAAGUGAUGUAGUGAGAAAUGCAGAUAAGUGAACCAUUUGAACAGUGGCGUAGCCAGGAUUUUUUAACUGGGGUGGGGCCAAAAACAGUGAACUGUGCAAAAUAGUGGAUGACUUAAUAUUUCAAUGGUUCCUCCACCUCCCUCUCCACACCCUAUGCUCCCCACCUCUCAG